CGGUACUCUAGGGAAUCCCUGAGGCUUAAACAGCUUCUUAAGGGAUGAAGACAAGAAGGAGCAAUUGAAAGGAUCAACCAGAAAGGUUCUGCCAGGGGCACAUCACAUCUAGAAUGGAGACUUGGAAGACAUUUUGGGGGAUAGUCUUCCUUGCGGCGAGUUUUGGCGUCAAGUCACAGAGAAUUGUCUGCAGGGAGGCCACUGUGGGAGAUGUCGUGUUUCUGGUGGACACCAGCAUCAACCCCCAGGACACCCGCAGUGUGCGGGGCUUCUUGUACAUGGUGGUCAACAGCUUCAAGGUCAGCCGAGAGGCGGUCCGCGUGGGGCUGGCCCAGUACGGCGACGAGCCCCGGUCCGAGUUCCUCCUUUCCACCUACCACCGCAAAGGCGAAGUGCUGAGACACAUCCAGAGGUUUCCAUUUAAGCCUGGGGGCCACAAGUUGGGCCUGGCCCUGCAGUUCCUCCUGGAUCAUCACUUCCAGGAGACAGCGGGGAGCCGCGCGAGCCAGGGCGUGCCCCAGGUUGCCCUGGUGCUCAGCACAGGCCAGCCGGAGGACCAUGCGUGGGAUCAAGCCGAGGCCUUUAGGAGGGCGGGCAUCCUCCUCUAUGUGGUGGGCGUCGGAGACACGGGAUCCGCGGAGCUCGGGGAGAUUGCAAGUCGCCCUGCCGAGAAAUUUGUCUCCAUUGUUCCCAGCCUCUCUGGUCUGGGCAGCCUGGCCCCGAAGCUGCAGCAGGAACUCUGUAAUACUUUGGUAAAUGCAGCUCCAGCUGUUGGCCACAUCUCUCCAGCUUGCGGAGAAGCAGUCCUGGCCGACAUUGUCUUCCUAGUAGACAGUUCGACCAGCAUCGGGCCCCAGAACUUCCAGAAAGUGAAGAACUUCCUUCACUCUGUAGUCUUGGGGCUUGACAUCAGCAGUGACCAGGUUCGAGUGGGACUUGCUCAGUAUAAUGACAACAUCUACCCAGCCUUUCGGCUGAACCAGUAUCCUCUGAAGAGUGUGGUCCUGGAGCAGAUCUGGAAUCUGCCCUACCGGACGGGAGGCACAAACACGGGGAGUGCCCUGGAGUUCAUCAGGACCAACUACUUGACUGAGGUGGCUGGCAGCCGGGCCAAGGACAGGGUUCCCCAGAUAGUUAUCCUGGUCACAGAUGGGGAGUCAAAUGAUGAAGUCCAGGAGGCAGCUGACCGGUUGAAAGAAGACGGGGUUGUUGUGUACGUGGUUGGGGUCAACGUCCAGGAUGUCCAGGAGUUGCAAAAGAUAGCCAGUGAACCAUUUGAGAAGUUCCUCUUCAACACUGAAAACUUCAACAUCCUGCAGGAUUUCUCUGGAAGCAUUCUUCAGACUCUGUGCUCGGUGGUGGAGAGCAAGAUUAAAGAAUACACCCAGCCCUAUGCAGAUGUAGUCUUUCUCGCUGACACGUCACAGAACACAUCGUGGACCAGUUUCCAGUGGAUGCGGAAUUUCAUCUCCAGGGUGGUGGGCAUGCUGGAUGUUGGCAGGGACAAGUACCGGAUUGGGCUGGCUCAGUACGGUGGCCAAGGUCACACAGAAUUUUUGCUUAAUACCUACCAGACCCAGGAUGAGAUGACUGCUCACAUCCAUGAUCACUUUGUGCUCCGGGGAGGUCCCAGGAGGACGGGCAAAGCUCUGCGAUACAUUCAUCAGACCUUCUUCCAGGAGGCAGCAGGAAGCCGGUUUCUCCAGGGCAUUCCCCAGUAUGCAGUGGUCAUCACCUCAGGCAGAUCUGGAGAUGAGGUCGGGGAUGCAGCACAGACACUGAGGGAGAAAGGCGUGAAAGUCAUGUCCGUGGGUGUCCAAGACUUUGACAGGAGAGAGCUGGAGGGGAUGGGGACCCCACCCCUUGUAUAUGAGAUGCAAGGACAAGAUGGUGUCAGACAGGUGACACAGGAUAUGAGCUCAGUGAUCCAAGGGACUGGGCAGCUCAAGUUCAACAGCGAGGCAGAGAAGGAGCCGAUAGCAGCGUGUCCGACUGCAGUCCCGGCUGACUUGGUAUUCCUCAUUGAGGAAUUUCCCAGGCACAGGCACUUGAAUUUCCAACAAGUUGUCAGUUUCUUAAAGACCACCAUCCGCUCUCUAAGAUUUCAUCCAGAGGUUGUGAGAAUUGGCUUGGUCUUCUACAGCGAGGAACCACAGCUUGAGUUUUCACUGGAUACAUUUCAGGAUCCAGCCAAGAUCUUGGAGCAUCUGGACAAAUUAACCUACAGGGGGAGAAGGGGAAGGACCAAGACCGGUGCUGCUUUGGAUUUCCUGAGGAAUGAGGUUUUCAUUCAGGAGAAGGGCAGCCGGUCCUUGCAAGGUGUACAGCAGGUAGCCGUGGUCAUCACGGAAAGCUCCUCCCAAGACAGAGUGUCCAGGCCCGCUUCUCUCCUCCGCAGGGCAGGGGUUACCAUCUACACAGUGGGUACCCAGAUUGCCUCAGAGAACUCAGAUCUGGAGAAGAUAGCGUCCCAUCCUCCUUGGAAGUAUGUCAUCUCUCUCGAAUCUUUUUUGCAACUCACCGUUGUGGGAAGCAAGAUUAAGAACCAGCUCUGCCCUGAGAUUGUAGGCACCAGGGCUUCCAUUUCUGGGAUGGGCUCUGAGCUACAAGAAGGCUGUGUGCACAUCCAGAAGGCAGAUAUUUACUUCCUUAUUGACGGGUCCUACAGCAUCAACCCAGACGAUUUUCUCGAAAUGAAAGUGUUCAUGAACGAGGUGAUAAAGAUGUUCCACGUGGGGCCUGACAGAGUACAGUUUGGAGUCGUUCAGUACUCAGACGAUAUCGACACUCAGUUUAUCCUCAGCCAGCAUCCCAGCGGGGAAGGGCUGAAGGCUGCCAUUGAUGGCAUGCAGCAGAAAGGAGGGGGCACCAUGACCGGCCGGGCCUUGGGCCACAUGGUUCAGGUCUUUGCAGACACCACUCGCAGCAACGUGCCUUGCUAUCUCAUCGUCAUCACCGAUGGAAAAUCUAUGGAUCACGUAGCAGAGGCCGCAGAGGCAUUGAGGAGAGACAGAGUCACCAUUUAUGCCGUUGGAGUCAGGGAUGCUAACACUGCUGAGCUUCAGGAGAUGGCUGAGGACAGAAUGUUUUUCGUGCAUGAUUUUGAUUCUUUGAAGGCCAUCCAACAAGAAGUGGUACAGGACAUCUGCUCCUCAGAGACCUGUAAGAACAGGAAAGCUGACAUCAUCUUCCUGAUGGAUGGUUCUGAGUCCAUCCCCCCGAAAAACUUUGAAAGGAUGAAGGGAUUCAUGAGGCGAAUGGUGAACCUAUCUAAUAUCAGUGCCGAUGAAAUUCGGAUCGGCCUUCUGCAGUUCAGCUCCAACCCGCAGGAAGAAUUCAGGCUCGGCCAGCACUCCUCCAAGGCGGACAUCCACAGGGCCAUCUCGAACGUUAAGCAAAUAAAUGAUGGCACCUACACCGGGAAAGCCCUUAACUUCACGCUGUCUUUUUUUGACAGUUCAAGAGGAGGGAGGCCCAGUGUUCAUCAGUAUUUGAUUGUAAUCACCGACGGGGUCUCCCAGGACAGUGUAGUCCUACCGGCCAAGGCCCUCAGGGACAGAAACAUCAUUAUCUUUGCCAUUGGGGUAGGAGGAGCCAGAAAGUCUCAGCUUUUGGAGAUCACUAAGGACCAGGGCAAAGUGUACUAUGAAGAAAAAUUUGAGUCCCUGCAAAACCUGGAGAAGGAGAUUCUGUACAAGAUCUGCAUUCCACAAGGAUGCCACAUAGAUUUGUCUGUAGGAAUUGAUGUCUCCACCCCCACGAGGCAAAUUCAGCAGUCGCUUGAAGGGUUACUGCCAGAGCUGAUGCAAGAGCUGGCCUUGCCUUCCAACAUCAGCUGUAGCCUUCCUGGUCAGACCAACGUGAUGUUCCGCUACAUGGUUCCUGGCUCAAGUGGCCAGCUCAUCUUUGACUCAGGUUUUGAAAAGUACAGUGAUGGGAGAAUUCAGAAGUUCUUGAUUCAGCAGGCUGCCAAUAGCAACCACAUGGAUGUGGAUUUUUUGCAGUCCCUGGGAGAUAGUGCUCUCCAUCUCUCUUCUGCUAAAGUGAAGGUCCUUUUAGUGUUUACAGAUGGAUUGGAUGAUGAUUUAGAGAGACUGAAGGAAACGUCCCAGCUUCUCCGCAGCAAAGGAUUCUCUGGACUCCUUACUAUUGGCCUGGAAGGUGUAUAUAAAUUGGAGGAGCUCCAGGAGCUAGAAUUUGGCAGAGGAUUUGCGUAUCAUCAACCUCUCAGCAUCACACUGCCAUCUCUCCCGAGCAUCUUAUGGAAGCAACUUGACACAAUUGUAGAAAGAACGUGCUGCAAUACGUAUGCAAAGUGUUUUGGAGACGACGGGCACAGAGGUGAUGGUGGGAGCCCUGGGAGGAAGGGAAAGAGGGGUUUUGAUGGAUUUCCUGGUCACCCUGGUGAAGAAGGUGGUCCUGGAGAAAGAGGUCCCCGAGGUCUUCCUGGACUCCGAGGUGAGGACGGAUGCCGGGGCAGGAGAGGACCCAAGGGAGCAAGAGGAUUUUCUGGAGAAAAGGGCAGCCCUGGUGAGGAGGGUCUUGACGGCUUGGAUGGAGAACAGGGUGAUCGUGGAGUCCCAGGGUCAUCUGGAGAAAAAGGAAACAGGGGAAAUCGGGGCUUGCCUGGACCACCUGGACGACCUGGCGAGCGCGGAGAGCCUGGGCUGAGGGGAGAUUUUGGGGAUCCUGGAACUGAUAGUUUCACCCAAGGCCCCAAGGGGGAAAAAGGGAGGCGUGGACACCAGGGAAGUUCUAACAUUGAUGGACCUCACGGGGGAACUGGAAGUGUUGGCCCUCAGGGUCCAAGAGGAAGACAAGGUCUGCCAGGAUUGAAGGGUAUGCGUGGAGAAUCUGGUGAACAAGGUUACCCAGGAGAGCUUGGGCAUCCAGGCUCACAGGGACCAAGAGGAAGGCAAGGACCGCCAGGAACUUUGGGAGAAAAAGGCUCACCGGGUGCUCAGGGGAAUGCUGGGCUUCCAGGGCCAAAUGGUUCCAAAGGAAAAGACGGACCAAGAGGAAUGAAGGGAGAGCGUGGUGUUCCAGGAGAAAGAGGACCACUGGGUCAACAAGGACCAAGAGGGCAACCUGGUCUUUCUGGCCCAGAUGGAUAUGGACAUCCAGGAAGAAAAGGAACAAAGGGUGAACCUGGAUUUCCUGGCUACCCUGGUGCACAAGGAGAAGAUGGUGAUCCAGGCCCCCAAGGAGAAAAGGGGGCAAAAGGAAUCAGAGGGAAGAGGGGGAAUGCUGGACUUCCUGGGUUUGUUGGAACUCCAGGAGACCCAGGCCCUCCAGGACCAGUGGGCAUCAAGGGCCCCCAAGGUUUGGCAGAUAUGACGCCUUGCGAAAUCAUCCAUCUUGCUCGAGAAAACUGCCCUUGUUCAAUAGGUGUCUCCAGAUGCCCAGUGUUCCCGACUGACCUGGUCUUCGCCUUGGACACAUCAAAUGACGUCUCCCAGCUGGAGUUUGAGAGGAUGAGAGACAUUGUUGUCUCUCUGUUGAUGAAGAUGGAAAUAAGUGGGGGUAACUGCCGCACGGGGGCCCGGGUGGCCGUGGUCUCGUACAACAGCAGAACAGACCACCUGGUUCGCUUCUCCGACUACCGGGGCAGGCCCGCGCUCCUGCGGGCGCUCAGGGAGAUGGCCCUGGAAGCGCCCUCCGGCAGCAGGAGCCUCGGGGGCGCCAUGAGGUUUGUGGCAAGACACCUGUUCAAGCGCGUGCGCUCGGGCCUUCUGCUCAGGAAGGUGGCAGUGUUCUUCCAGGCGGGCUGGGCCCAGGAUGCCGACACCAUCAGCACCGCCACGCUGGAGCUCAGCGCCCUGGGCAUCACCUCUGCCAUCAUCACCUUCACGGAGGGGCACAACCUCCCGGAGGCUCUGCUGAUGGAUAGAACCAACAGAUCUCACCUGUAUGUCUGGGAGACGGAGAGCCAGCAGGAUGUGGAGCGCGUGGCCCGCUGCACGCUCUGCUAUGACCCGUGCCACCCGGCUGCGGAGUGCGGGCGGGGUGCACCCGGGCCCCUGGCAGUGGACGUGGACGUGGCCUUCGUGGUGGACAGCUCCAGCGGCGUGGACGCAGACUUGUACCGCGCCGCCUUGACCCUUGUGGGCGCCACCCUGGAUGACCUGGAGGUGGCUGCGGAGCCAAGCACAUCCCCGCGUGGGGCGCGCGUGGCCCUGGUGACACACACGACUCCCGGCUUCUGGCCGCCCUCUGGCCACCCACCUGUGCGCGAGGGCUUCCACCUGACCUCCUACAGCCGCCGGAUGCAGAUGCAGAAGCACGUCCGCGAGGCCGCGGGCCACCCGCUGCAGGGAGCCCCUGCCCUGGGCCAUGCUCUGGAGUGGACGCUGGAGAGGGUGCUCCUGGCAGCCCCGCUGCCCAGGAGGGUGCAGGUCCUCUUUGCCAUCGUGGCCAGUGAGACCAGCGGCUGGGACCGGGAGAAGCUAAGGACUCUGUCCCUGGAGGCCAAGUGCAAGGGCAUCACUCUGUUUGUGCUGGCCUGGGGCCCGGGCGUGGGGACCCGCGAACUGGCUGAGCUGGCCCACGUGGCUAGCGCCCCCUCUGAGCAGCACCUGCUACGACUGGAGGGGAUCUCGGACCCGGAGGUGGCAUAUGCCCGGGGCUUCACGCGGGCCUUCCUGAACCUCCUAACAAGUGGAAGAAACCAGUACCCACCCCCAGAGCUCAUGGAAGAGUGUGGGGGCCCGAAUCGAGGGGAUACUCUGCGGCAGUCAGCUCUGCCUGUCAAGAGGUCAGCCACACACCAGUCGGGCAAAUCUCGUCUUGCUGAUGAUUUGGAAGCACUCGAAGCGAGAGACUCUUCUCUGGAGGAGACUGGAAAGGUCACGAUGACAGCUAGAACUCAGCAGAAAGCAGUCAAAAAUUAUGAAAAGGAUGGAUAUGAUGCUAAUGGAAAUGAGCAAGAAAAGCCUGCAAAGCAGAAAGAAAUCAGAAAAGAAAGAAAUUCAGGCACGGACUAUGGAUACAGUGAGAAGUUCGCCAUUGCAACCCGACAUCACGGGAGCCUUUGCUCUGCUUUUUCUCCUGGGCCCUGCUGCUUGCUGUCUGACAUCCCCCAGAGCUGGUCAUGCUGCUGGAAAAUUCAAACACGCCUGCUCAAGACAAAAGACAAUUCCUGUCAAUGUAUUGCAUCAUCUUGGAUCCAGGACAUCUUGUCCCUCCUUCAAGAAAACUCCCAAGAGCACACCAUGAGUUGCUUUCUGAAGAUAAUAUCCACUUGCUUUGGGAGGUGCCUGGAAGGCCCCGGGGGAAACAGGAGGUUACCAUCAUUCUGUGCUGGAGGGUUGAGCUGAGCCAAGAAUAUUUUUCUCUGACACCAAGUGUGCUCAAAGAAACCUGUUCUCCCUGAAGGCAGAGGUUACGGACCUGGGAAAAUGCAUGUCUGAUUGAAAAUUUGAAAUAGGCACAUGCCCAGAUCUUGCACUUGCUGUAACUUGCUGCUUCUCAAUGCUGUUUUUCGUUUUCCAGGCACAUCGUGUCUCCCUUUGAAGGGCUAUCAUUACUUGUUAGGCAAGUGUCCGGGUGCAGUAAAUAAUUAUAAAACAGGGUACAACAAAUAAUAAACUUGCUGCAUUUAUUGAGACCAUUAGAAGGCUGGAACGUUUGGAGAUUAGGCAACGGAUUGAGAUGGUUUGAAAAAAUGAGGGAAUUAAGUUUAAUAAGCAAGUGAGGGGUUCUCAGUGUCAGAAAGCAUUAUUGAUUCAUUCAUCCACUCAUUUGUACCUUGUCUGGUGUAUCUGCCCUGUUCUAGACCCCGUGCAGAACGACGACUCCAACUGUACGGCCCCUUUCACGUGGAUUCUGUGACCCUUGCAACAGACUUGAGAUGUAGGGCUUUUCAAAAAAUAUUGCUUUUACGGGUGAGGAAAUUGGGGCUCAGGGCGGAUAAGUUUCUUGCUCGAGGUCCCACAGCCAGUUGUGGGUGAGUGAGGAUUCAUUUUGGGUCCCAGACUCCAAACCGUUGUUCCUUGCCGGUCAGCCUCAGGCGGAAAACCCAGCUCUGUCCGCACUCGUGUUGUUGCAGGUCCCUGCUCCGGGGCUCCCACGGCACCUGAGUGCCGGGACUACGUCCUCAGGUGGUACUGUCUCCAGG